UAAGGAGCGAAGAUUCAGACGCGCCGGAGGUCCAUAACAUGAUCGAAAAGCUCGCAUUUUUCCUUUUGUUCAUCUCUACCGCUAGCGGAAACCCAGCUGCGGGGAAGCCAUGGCACUGGAAAUCCCGAAAGCCACUGGUGGGUCCCCGCGGAUACUUCCCUGCCACGCCCUACGCUGCGACCUGUACCGAGGCCGUUCCUCACUCGUGGCCCCACCAGGUGGCUCUCUUCAUCGACCACAUGUACUUCUGCGGCGGUUCCCUCAUCUCUAGCGAGUGGGUCCUCACGGCCGCUCACUGCAUGGACGGUGCCGGCUUCGUCGAGGUGGUGCUGGGCGCCCACAACAUAGUCGAGAACGAAGCUACUCAGAUCUCCAUGACUUCCACCGACUUCUUUACUCACGAGAACUGGAACUCUUGGCUUCUCACCAACGACAUUGCCCUCAUCAAGCUGCCCAGCGCGGUCAAAUUUAAUGAGAACAUCCAAGCCGCCAGACUGCCAUCGGUCGACGUGUCUGCCGGCACUGUAGUUACGCCCACAGGCUGGGGCGACCGGUGUGGCGGCGCAAACGAUAUCCCCCCCGGCGUCCUCCAUCAAGCAGACGUUCUUAUCCUGUCCAAAGAUGAGUGCGACGCCGUGUAUGGAGUGGUCGGCGUUAUCUGCACUGAUGGCGGGAAGGGCACUUGCACC